AGUUCAGUUCCCUCUGUGGGUUCACGGACCCCAAUAGUUUCGCGUUCACUACUAUGCAAUGCGAGUGAAGAGAAAUGAGGCCAAUGAGUUAAGCAAUGCGUUGAAGCAGUUAAAAAUUACCGAUCGCCGUUCGCGUGUUUCCACGAAAAGCCGGGUAUCGAAAUCUGCCAUAUUUUUGACCGGUGGUCGUCCAGUUGAUCACAACUAUCUGAGAUCUCGUUCUAUUUCUUCAACUGCAAGCAGAAUCGACGGUUUCGGUGGCUUCCGCCACAUAUGUGAGCACUGCGCAGCUGCUCACAAGUCGCGCGUCGGAGUGCUUGAUGAUCGUCUUUACAGGCAAAGUUUGGAGGAGACUCUCAAUUUGGAUGGACCCGUGUCUCCUUACUCCCCUUUGAAUAGGCCUCAGCUUGCAUCAGAAUCUGGUUUUUCGCCCUUCAAUCGCACUGCUGGUCUUUUGUACAGUACUUUACCCACAUCUCCCCAAUUUCCUGUCUCUGAGGAGUGUUGUGGUAUUUUCGGUCGUCAUUUCAUACAAUCAAGCGAUCUUCGAAGGUCCUGUGGUACGGAACUGGGCCACUUGGCUCAUGGUUUCACAAUCUGUACCACAUCAGCCAGUCAUAGUAGCAUCUCAAGCGUUUCCACGACACACUGUGCUCGUAGACGCUGUUUUUCCACCUACAAUAGCUUAACUUCGACAUUAUCUACUCAGGUGAAGUUAGGUCGAAGACUUUGCAGCCUCAUCGACCACCCUUGCACCAGUUUGUACCACUCCUCGCGGUCCAUCGCUUCUGCUCAUUCUACGCAUGGCCGCCCGAUCGUUUUUUGUCGAAAUCGACACACAGUCACCCCUACUUCGCCAUUUUGUUCCGAGAUGCACACAAAACCUUUACCUAAUUAUGACCCCCUUGUCCCAUCCAACUGUGUAUCCUCACUUCAACAUACAUCGUCGUCAGACAGAACUCAUGAAGGAUUUCUAUCCACCGGAUGGUUCAAAGACUCCGUUCUCCAAAAUGGCCUACUGUCGGGAGCGAAACCGAUCAGCCCCGAGACCAGUGAUUCAGAUAACGAUCAAUUUGCCCCUCGCUGUCGGCGAAAAUCCGAUCCGGAAUACUGGCAGCAGUUGCGUGCAAAUGAGUCCAAGGAUUCAGAUGAGGUGUCAAAAAUCAAUCGCCUUUCAACUUCGGCUCUCCAUUGCACUGGCGUCUCACAACCCUCGCUGAUGCCAACAAGCUCCUUUGAUGUCUCCCUCUCAGAGCAAGUUAACGAUCAUACCUCUGUGACAGCAAAUUCUAGAGGAGAUUUCAAAUGUCCUCCGUUUGGCGGGUACACACCGUUCAUCCAGCCUUGUGAAAGGAAUACAGCUAGCAGCAACACCACGAUCCCUUCCUAUGCGGAGUCAUCGAUGCAAGCCCCUAGUUAUGUUCACUCGGUUUCUCACUGCUUCUCUGAGCAGCCUCAACCAUGCGCGACGGCUGGUGGUAGUGGUGAUACAGCCCUCCCUCUACCGAUGAACCAUCCUGCACGUCCCAAAAAUCUUGCUUUCUCCUUUCGCACUCCGAUCCUCUCAUCGCAUGAGGCCUUGCGGGGGCCUUCUUGCGCUCUGUACACUAAUGGCAAUGCUGCGCUAUGUGUGAGCGAUUCAGCGCAGAAACGGCAGCAGCAGCAGCAGCAGCGGUGUGGCAUCCGUAGUGAGUCACACACCGACAGCAAUUGUACGCCAACGAACGAUCUGUGCACAGUCACUCCCGUCAAUAUGACCGAACCCAGCGCAUUGAAUCUGGACUCCUCGUUGAUGGCAGGUUUACAGACAGAGUUGUCCUCCAUUGAUCGUUGCGGGUCCCCUGGUUCUUCCACUGCUCCAGGAGGCCCCUUGUGUUCUGAUGUUUCUGUCAAUGAGCUAGCUUCGUACAUGGAGUACAUGGUUCACAUUCCUGGACGCAUGUCGGAAAUGGCACAACGGAUGUAUCUGUAGACCUUCUUUUCAGAUGAUUUGUCAGUGACAGCUGUCCCUCUCUCCUAUUUCUCCUCGCAGAUGCGAUCAGUUGGGUGUGUUUCUCUCGCACAGCGUUUGCAAUUGUGAUUGUACAUAGCGAUUUAUUGCGCAUAACUUCUUCCCAUCUCAUUCAGAUGAACAAAAUUAUUUGUCAGCUACCUCACCUGAGGAGCUCCACGUUCUCCUCGAUCCC